GUAACCAGACCUUGACCGACCUGCAGAUGUAACACUGUUACAGAAGCCCUCUCGCCUCUCCUCCUACCGCACAAACAACUCCACACAAGACAUGGCCCUGGACGAAAUUCAGCAGAAAUUUGGUGGGAAAUGGAAACUGUGUCGGAGCGAAAAUUUCGAUGAUUUACUGAAAGAAAUGGGGGUGAAUGUAGUUGCUAGGAAACUGGCAGCUACCGGAAAACCGGAACAGGAAGUUGAAGUGAAAGACGGUAAAAUCCGCAUCUUGUACAAGACUGGGUUCUGGGACAGAGAGGACAACUUCAUACUGGACAAUGAGUUCGAGAACGAGACGAGCGGUGUCAAACACAAGGUUAUUGCUUCCUAUAGCGACGGGAAGCUGGAGACGAUAGCGACGCCGAUCGACUCUGAACUGCCGUCACAGAGGACUGUCCGCGAUGUCGUUGAUGGAGAAAUGGUCAUGACUAUUUACGCGCGCGAAGUGGUGUGUAUACGGUGCUUCACGCGGCUCUAGCGACAAAGAAGCAGACCCACGGUGCCACUGAGUGAAUAUGAAGACAACGAACCGAUGGUCUGAACUGAUACAUCGAAAUACCAGAAUACUGGUCACGACAGUCUACAUGAUAUAUAAUAAAAUUUUAAAAUGAUUUUUUGCUUCGAUAUUGUGAAGUACUGUGAA